AUCUCACCGUCAGCCUUCCUCCCCCGACUUCCAACCAUCAUACAACCAUCCGUUGGAGACAAAGCCAUCAUGGAGGCCCUACGCUCAGCUCUGCAGCCCAUCACCCACAACCUGCCAGCUCCCAUCACGGAGACCGGGCGCACUCUCCUCGGUCCCUUCUGCUACAAGACGCUGAUCCUCGACAUCGACCCCUUCACCUCCCCCGAUUGCGUGAAGCUCGCGAUAUCCAAGGGUCUAGGAAUCGGCAUCAUCGGCGCCUCCUCCAUCGUCAAGAUCCCGCAGCUCCUCAAGCUCAUCAACUCGCAGUCCGCGUCCGGCGUGUCCUUCCUCUCCUACCUCCUCGAGUCCGGCGCGUACCUCAUCUCCCUCUCGUACAACAUCCGCCAUGGCUUCCCCUUCAGCACCUAUGGCGAGACAGCCCUCAUCCUCGUCCAGAACAUCGCCAUCGCCGCCCUCGUCCUCAACUACAGCGGCAAGCCCGCGGGCAUCCCAGCCUGGAUCGGCGGUCUCGCGGCCGCAGGCUUCGCGCUGUCGAGGGAGGACAUCGUAGACGUCAAGGCGCUCGCGUGGCUCCAGGCCGCGGCCGGCGUCAUGGGCGUCGCGGCGAAGGUGCCGCAGAUCCUCACGGUUUGGCAGCAGGGCGGUACCGGGCAGUUGAGUGCUUUCGCAGUCAUAAACUACCUCCUCGGCUCGCUCUCCCGCAUCUUCACGACGCUCCAGGAAGUCCCCGACCCGCUGAUCCUGUACGGCUUCAUCGCGGGCUUCGCGCUCAACGCCGUCCUCGCCUUCCAGGUCCUGUACUACUGGAACGCACCCGCCAGCAAGGUGACGCCGCAGACCAAGGUCAAGAAGCCCAUCACGGCUGCGAAGGUGAACGCCGGGGAGAAGAAGAGCUAUGCGGAGAAGGCGAGCGGGAGUGGCGCGGGGAAGAGCCCGAGUACGAGACGUAGGGGUUGAGGGAUUUGUCCCUUUGAGUUGUUCUUGAUUUAUGGGGUUUUAUUCGCUUUUAAUAAAGAAUGGUUGGUUGGGGGGAUUGAGGGGUGGUAAAAUCUACCUUACUUGGAAUAUAUGAAGCUAUAUAUCAUAUAUCAAUCAAAUUAACCAAUCAAUCAAUCAAUCAGUUACUUUA